CGCGACGGGGUGGAGACCGGCGGCAGGAAGAUGGCGGCCGGCAAAUGACGGCCGAGCCCGGAGUUGGGCGUGGGAACCCGGCUGCGCCUGUCAUGUCCCGGUAGGUGAGGACGACGAGGGUCGAGAGUAGAUACAAGAUCGAGAGAGGGAAACGCUCGAGAGACGCGAAAGGAUGGAGGACGUUAACUCCAACGUCAGCGCCGACCUGGAAGUACGGAAGCUGCAGGAGUUGGUUCGCAAACUCGAGAAACAAAACGAACAACUGAGGACCCGAUCCACCCUCCUGAGCCCCAAGCAGCCGCCUGCCUCCCCCGGGGCCUGCGGCAACGCUUGGCAAUCCGUGAGCGGCUCUAACCCAGGCCCGGCGCUCGCUCAGGAUGGGGAGGCUGGGUCCCCGUUGCCGGCCCGGGGCGGAGCCGUGUCUCAGACGCAGGGCUGUAUGUCGGGGGACAGGGAGAGCCCGGUGCUGGGGGAGCGGACGGUGCUGGAUGAGGUGGCGGCGCUGGAUCUGGAGACAAUGGCUUCGGAGGAUAAGGAGGCGGAGGAGGACAGCUGGUUGUACACAUCACCAAAGAGGUUGCCAACCCCAGUUCAAAAAGCUUUUAGUCCAUUGCAAUGGUGCAGACAAGUGCUGGAUCAUCCAAAUUCAGAAAUGGAAACUGCAAAAAAGUCAUUGAUACAUAGGCUUGAUCAAACAUUAGCAGAAAGCAAAAGGAGGAGUCUGUUAAGCGGUUCUUAUUAUCCUACUGCUUACCCAAGUUCGUUCACCCCAAGUGGAGGAAGUAGUCCAUAUGGCAGUGGUUUUAGUUCCCCGUCCUCUACGCCAGUCCGAUCUACACCACUUGUGAAACAGUUGAUCACACCUGGAAGUGCAGGUCAUUUUAAAGGCUCUGCAGACCAGAAUCCUCCCAUUAGCCCUCCAUCGUCUGUGGAUAGUGAACUAAGUGCUUCAGAAGUAGAUGAAGAUUCAUUGGGAUCUGGUUACAAGCUUGCUGAUGUCACAGAUGUACAAAUCCUAGCUCGGAUGCAGGAAGAAAGUCUCAGACAGGAAUAUGAAGCCAGUACCUCAAGACGUAGUUCAGGUUCUUCCUGCCAUUCCCUGAGACGAGGCACAUUCAGUGAUCAAGAGUUUGACGUUCAGAGUUUAGAAGAUGAAGAAGAAUGUGUUCCUCACCCACAACAACCUCCCUUGACCCGAUUCACUCCAUCUCCACGGCACACUCCUCGAGCUUCACCAAGACACUCACCUCGGAACUCGCCACGUUCACGUUCUCCUGCUCGGAGCCUAGAUUAUGGGAGAGCAUCUGUUUCUCCACAGCCUAUGAUUAGUCGUCUACAGCAGCCUCGUCUUUCCUUGCAAGGCCAUGCGACAGACCUUCAGUGUAAUAUUGUAAAAAAUGAAGAAAAGUUGAGACGUAGUCUUCCAAAUCUAUUCAGGACAUCUAAUAUACAGUCAGCAGAGUCUGUUAAAAACAGUAGAAGUUGUGACUCUAAUUUACAAGUGCCAAAUGGGGGAAUACCCCGAAUUCAGCAACAAGCAUCAGCGAUACCUUCUCCAAGUAAGCUCAGACUUCCUACAACACCGUCUCCAUUAGCACUCCGUCAGCCACUGAAAGCAAUGGCUAAUCCAGGGCCUGUCUCCACAAAUUCUGUAUCGAGUCACAACAGUUCUGCAUCAGGGCCCUCUGUUCAGAAUGUCAGUUCACCAGUUCACACUGCUGCAGGUGGUGUCAAUUCUAAUAAAGGACAAGUUGCAGGGAGUCGGAGUGGCUUGCCUCGACCUAGUGCCUCUACUGGAGGGGGGAUACCAGUGCCUCGGAGUAAGCUAGCACAGCCUGUUAGAAGGUCAUUGCCAACUCCGAAGACGUACAGCAGCAUUAGAGAUGAAAGCUGGAAAGAUGGCUGCUAUUGAUCCGAGUGCGCAUGAGUCUGAAGCUUGCUCUGCUACUUUUCCUGAAUCAAAAGGACAUUUUAAUUAGACUGUUCAAAGAGAUUUAGUAGGAUUUGAGACAAUCCAGUUCUCCGCCAGAAAUCAGCACAAGUUGGUGGAGAUCAUGGAGUAGCACUUUACUGACAUUAAAUAUCAGACUUUUUGUUACAUGUACAAUCAGUUUUUUUUCAUGACUGUCCAUUAUUUUAAUGCUUUUGAGCAACUUGUCAUUCAAAGAAUAAAGCAAAGUCUGGACACAAUCCCAAAAAUGCCAAAGAAAAAUCUUACAAUAACCAUUGGUAGGGGGAAAUGGAUAACUAAUGUUGUUGAAACUUGAAUGGUCAACAAAAGACUAGUAGUGAAAUCUGUUUUUGCUUCAGUUACAAAUUUGAUGUUCUGUAAGUAAAGCAAGGCACAAUUCCAUUAUCAUGAUCAGAUAGUGAUUAUAGCAGUCUGCUGCCCAUUGCUAUCUGAUUUAUUUCAAGACAGAAAUGAGUAGCAUCCCAGCUGUUAUAUUUAUAAAUACCUUAAAUGGCAAAAAACAAAUUACACAUUUUUUGAAUUUUACUUUUGAAGCUUUCAGGGUUGAGGAUAAUGGGAGAGGAGGAAUAUUAUUUUAAUUCAUAGCAAUUUAUGUUAUUACUCCAUUUAUUAUAAUCUCUGAAAUUUUAGCUUCAUUUUAAAACGUUUUUUAAAAAGUUAAUAUUGCACCAGUAGUAUUCAUUAUAGAAGCUGAAAUAUAUUUUGAACAAGUUUGACAUAACGUUUGACACUUUGCUGGGGAUCUCCGGAGUUGUGUCCUGUUGUACUUUGUAACUGACUGAAAGCUUAGUGAGAAAAGGCAAGUUGCAACUUAAAUGGUGCUUUGUGCAGACACAUUUCUUUGUGGAUAAAUGGCUUAAGUUGAAAGUUGCAUGUAUAUUGUAAGUGAGACACUUUGUUUAACUUUUUGCCCGCACUAAGAAGAAAACGUUUGGAGGGAAAACCCUUCAGUAUCAUUUUUUUUCUCCAGUUGACUAUUUUUUGUUUAAUUGCCAAAGGGCUUAGUGUCAAGUGUGUUUUACACAACUGCUUUUGUCAAAUUGUAAAGCACUGGCUCAGGAAAGAGUGGGUUUAAUGUACAUCCAAGUUUUCAAUACACCGAGUAUAAUAGGACACGUUUGUUUUGGUUACAUAUGUUCCCUUAAAAGUAUGAAAUGAAAACUUGGUCCAUUCAAGUUGUAAUCUAAUCACACCACAGUGCUUACAAAAUAUAAUGCAACAUCAUUCUGUCUAAACUAUGCACUCGUAUCCUGUUAUAAAAACACACUUGCUUGGAGCUGUUCAAUACAUUCUGCAGCCUUGUAGGUACUAUAUUCAGUAAUUACAGUGUUCAGAGAGAUCACUACACUUGUCUAUAUUCUUAUGAACGAUUGAGUUUACAUUUAAAUAUAUUUGUAUACUACGGAGGGUAGUAUAUUCUAAGUUUUAUUUUGCAUUUAAUUCCAAAAAUAGUUUGAAUUGACAUUAAUGUAGUUAAUAACCAGAGGCUAGUUGUUUUUAAUUUAAAAAAAUUUUGGAUUUGUUUACAGGAAUGUACCUUGCAAAUUUAGAACAAAGCCUUCUUUCCAAAUGACCUUAAUAUUCAAGUGCUGGAGCCAAUAAUUUAUGGGGAGAUAGGCAUGCCAGAAAAUAUGGGGUAAACAUGGAAGCAGACAAUGAGUGAAUGAGCUGGAUGUGAGAGCUAAGUGAGCAAAUAGUGAAUAGGGUGACUGUUAAGUGCACAGUGAGGGGAGUGGGUGUGAGUUACAGUUGAUUAGGUUUGCAGUUGAAGCAUAAAGUAGACAUAGUCACCAUGUGAACAAUUAGUGAGUGAGUUGAAUGUGAUUUUCAUUUUUUGUUAGAUUACCAAUCUGAAUGGCCAACCGAAGUAAAGUGUCGUCAUAUCUCAAUCAUGUAAGUUGGAUAAAUUUGAAAAAUGCUGAUUCAUGAGAGGAUAAUCGUACGUUGCAAGGAAAGAAUUUGUUCAAAUGUAAUCCUGCACAUCCAACUGUUUAUUGUCAAUAUCUUUUAUAUUUACACCCUUACGAGUCAUUUGUCCAAUGUUAAAUCAUUGUCUGAGCAAGGAAUUUGUACUUAUUUUAUAUUUUACAAAUUGUCUUUUGUUGAAAAGUAGAACAAUGAGCUGUGUAAUUCUUCCAAUUAAGAAUUUGCUUUCAUUACAAGUUACAGUAUUUGUGGAUGUAUUUUGUGGAGUUAAGUCUUUUCAUAAACUGGAGGUUCGGAUUAGUCCUUUCUGCGGGACGGAUAUUAUGUUUAAGAAUGAUUCAGAAUGAAGGCAAGAAAAAGCUGUAAACCAGCAACUUGUGGAAGUGAAGCCCACUCCAAGUUAUGAAUUCACUUCAGAAAUGACUACAAACAAUGACUAUACCAAUAGAUGAGAUUCUCUUGUAUUAUUAUGGGAAAACUUCAUUUUAACUGCAUUCAUAUGUGUAUACUUGCACUGCAGUACCAGAAGACGCAAUUGGGCAAAACUGAAACCCUAUCAUAACCUUAAAAAUAAAUUGAUCCCUAAAGUUAAAAGCAUGUUACGUUACAGUGUUUUAAUUAACUGCAGAGGUAUAAAUGACAAAUAACACUCAACCAACACUGAACUUAAAAUGUGGGCAAAAUAAACUUGCUUUCACCCUGACAAGUGUGGAAUUCUUAAUUUUAUAUAAUAAAAAAUAGUGCCUAUAAUUUAACUUUUAAGGUUUCAAUUUUUUGUUGAAUGUGAGUUACUUUUUUGUGCAAAUAGAUUGGAGUAAAUGAUACUCAAUGUAAAUAAAUGGUCAUAUUGCUUUCAAUAUUUAUUUUUUUUGCUCUGCUAUGUAACUUUUGUAAUGUUCAUGAACUUGUUUUAAUAAAAAGCAGGAAUCAUCUUGGGGGGGAAAAAUAAACAGUUCUUGACAUUGUAAAA